CUGGGUCCCGCGGGGGAGGCUGCGGGUACUGAGGGAGACUCCAGCCUCGCGCCCCUAGGGAUCCCCUCACUCUCUCCCUCCUUCCUUCUCGAGUGGGCUGGCGGGGACAGGACCUACCGCAUGGCCCCGGGGUCCCCCGCCCCCUCUAGGCGCCUUGGGGGAGACAAUUCCUGAUUGUGGGACCUGCGGCAGAGCCCUUCAGAAAGCGGGUCCCCAGCCAGCAGGGGAUCUCAUCUCCCAUCCCUAAUACUGCUUCAGUUCCAUUUGUUAAUCGCCGCAACUCAACAAGGAGGAAUUUUGUUGUCAGAGAAUAAAAGGAGGUUGUCCAUAAUUGACUUUAAGCAGCAAACAGUAAAACACUGAGCUCUUCAGCUCCACCUUUCUUGCUCAGAAUUGGAAAACCAAGAAGGUUUUGAUGUUUUGUGUGACGCCACCUGAAUUAGAAACCAAGAUGAACAUAACCAAAGGAGGUCUGGUGCUGUUUUCAGCAAAUUCUAAUUCAUCAUGUAUGGAGCUUUCAAAGAAGAUUGCCGAGCGGCUGGGGGUGGAAAUGGGCAAAGUGCAGGUUUACCAGGAACCUAACCGAGAAACCAGAGUACAGAUUCAAGAGUCUGUGAGGGGGAAAGACGUUUUCAUCAUCCAGACUGUCUCAAAGGAUGUGAACACCACCAUCAUGGAGCUCCUGAUUAUGGUGUACGCAUGUAAGACCUCUUGUGCCAAGAGCAUCAUCGGCGUGAUCCCCUACUUUCCUUACAGCAAACAGUGCAAGAUGAGGAAAAGAGGCUCCAUUGUCUCUAAAUUAUUGGCCUCCAUGAUGUGCAAAGCUGGUCUAACCCACCUCAUUACUAUGGAUUUACACCAGAAGGAAAUUCAGGGUUUCUUUAAUAUUCCUGUGGAUAAUUUAAGAGCAUCUCCCUUCCUAUUACAAUAUAUUCAAGAAGAGAUCCCAGAUUACAGGAAUGCAGUCAUCGUGGCCAAGUCUCCAGCCUCGGCCAAGAGGGCACAGUCUUUUGCUGAGCGCCUCCGCCUGGGAAUCGCUGUGAUUCAUGGAGAAGCACAGGAUGCUGAGUCAGACUUGGUUGAUGGACGGCACUCCCCACCCAUGGUCAGGAGUGUGGCUGCCAUCCACCCCAGCUUAGAGAUCCCCAUGCUGAUUCCUAAAGAAAAGCCCCCGAUCACAGUCGUUGGUGACGUUGGAGGAAGGAUUGCCAUCAUUGUGGAUGACAUCAUCGAUGAUGUCGACAGCUUUCUUGCUGCAGCAGAGACCCUGAAGGAAAGAGGUGCAUAUAAGAUCUUCGUGAUGGCGACUCAUGGUUUGCUGUCUUCAGACGCACCCCGGCUGAUUGAAGAGUCUGCCAUUGAUGAGGUGGUGGUUACCAAUACAAUUCCACAUGAAAUUCAGAAGCUUCAGUGUCCCAAGAUCAAAACUGUGGAUAUCAGUAUGAUCCUCUCAGAAGCCAUCCGUCGCAUUCACAAUGGAGAGUCUAUGUCCUACCUUUUCAGAAACAUAGGCUUAGAUGACUAAAAGGCUGUCCUUUUUAAAACUCCCAAGGGCCAAACUGGAAGCACAGGCAUGAAUGCUGUGAGGACCCUUCUGGCUAGGGCUGGAUGUACUUGACGGAACCCUGUGCUGCUGUUCCUCACCCCUCCCCCCACCCCUCCCCAUGGAUUCCUGGGAAGACAGACAAAACUUUUUAUGUUGGGUUGGGUAUUUGAGUUUUGGGAGCAAUUUUUAUAAAAGAAAAACUAUUCUCCUCUUAAAUAAGUUAAAAUGUGGUUGUUUUUAGUGUAACUAUUAAAAAAAACUUUGGAAUAAGAUUUUUAAGCCUACAAACAGCCUUUUUCCAAAGUUGUUUGAGCCAAGUGUCCAAAAAUGUUCAAAUAAUUUACUCUGAUACCUGCAAUUGAAAAGCCAAAAAGAUUAUACUGUUGACUCAAGUAAAUGAUGUUUUUAGAAAUGCUUUUAUAGACAAGCAUAUGGAAUAUGUGGUUGUAUUUAUUUUCUGCAACAAAAGAAGGAAUAAAAAUAUGUGUUUGUGUGUGUUUUUUAAAA